GUCAAAAUAUAUGUGCUCUGUGCACUUUUAAAAUGAAAAGAUUAUGAAAAUGAAUAUGACGAGUUUGUUUUUAUUUUAACAUCAAAAGAAAUUACUUUGCACUGUAAUUUACAAUUGAUAAUCAUAUAAUAUUCAAAUAUGUCCAACGGUCAACAUAGACAUGUUUGGCGAAUAGUCUUCAGUAACUUUAUUAAUUCCUUUAGGCCAAGGCAAAUUCAAGGGAACCAUAUAGGUAAAGAUUACAUAGGGAACACAUACUACGAAAUCCCAGCAAAUCCAAGUAUUGGUAAGAGAAAAGCAUCACGAUGGUAUGACCCUCCUAAGGGUCAAGACUUUCAGGACCCCAUACCAGCUGAAUGGGAAUCUUGGCUUAGAAUGCGAAGAGUGGAACCCCCAACAGCGGAAGAAAUUGAGAAAAACCUUGCCAUAGCAGAGUUGAAAAAGGUAAAUGCAGAUAAACUUGAACAACAAAGGCUUGCUGAAGGUGGUUCUCUUCCUUCCACAGUGGAAAAGGGUCAUGAGUCUUAUCCAAAAUACCCAGAAUACCAUGGAGGGGAUCCUGAAAACCAAUAUAAAAAUAAUUAGAUAUAAGUAGGUAAUCCACUAUUGUUUGUAUAUCUCUAUCUACCUAGUUGUACUAGUUUUAGUUUAAAUAAAUGCUUUAAUUUAUUUUUUC